CGAAGCCAUGGAGCCGCCGGCGCGCCAUACGAACGACGACGGGUCGCGCACUACGAGUAGGGCGCUGGUCGGCUCCGAAACCCCGAAGAAGAAGAAGAACAGAAUAAGAAAGAAGACGAAGAACAAGCCGAACAAGAAGCGGCGAGGAGGAAGAAAAGUGGUAGCAAAAUUAUAUUACGACGAUUAUAUUUUUGUUUGAAAGAAAUUAAACGACUGUAACAGCCGACGCAUCGACGUAAGAGGCUGCUUUUAGGCGAGAAAAGACCGAGGAAGAAACGAAUCUCUCGGCUCCAUACGGGGACAAAUUAUCUUGGUGAAAAUAGCAAGUGAAUCUAGCGAACAGGAUGUCUUCAGCGGUCGCUAAAGCUUCCAAGUACACGUACCGCUCCACCGGCGGUGGUACUGCCGAUGUCAGCAUCGAAUACAGCACCGACCUGAGCGCUCUCUCCAGACUGGAGGACAAAAUCCGCCUGCUGCAGGAUGACCUGGAGUCUGAGAGAGAGCUGCGUCAGAGGAUUGAACGCGAGCGCGCUGAUUUGAGCGUGCAAGUCAUCCAGCUGUCCGAACGUCUCGAAGAGGCAGAGGGUGGCGCCGAAUCUCAAUUCGAGAUUAACAAAAAGAGGGACACGGAACUGGCCAAGCUGCGCAAACUACUCGAAGAUGUUCAUCUCGAGAGCGAGGAAACCGCGCAUCUUCUGCGCAAGAAACACCAGGAAGUUGUUGUCGACUUCCAAGAUCAAAUCGAUCAACUUUCGAAAGCACGCGCCAGAGCUGACAAGGAAAAAUCGAAAUUCCAACAAGAGGUAUACGAACUCCUCGCCCAGCUGGACAACGUCACGAAAGAAAAAUUGAUGUCAAUAAAAACUGUGGAGAAACUGGAAGUGCAUGUAGCCGAGCUUAACGUGAAAAUUGAAGAAUUGAAUCGUACCGUCAUCGACAUCACCAACCACAAAACCAGGAUCUCACAGGAAAAUAUCGAAUUGACGAAGGAAGUGCAGGACUUGAAGGUUAACAUCGAGAACGCUGUUUACCUGAAGACUCAGCUGGCGGGUCAGCUCGAAGAUGCUCGUCGUCGUCUCGAGGAUGAGGAUCGUCGUCGUUCAUUGGUCGAGGCCUCCUUACAUCAGGUUGAAUCGGAAUUGGAAUCCGUUCGCAUUCAAUUGGAAGAGGAAUCGGAAGCUCGUUUGGACAUUGAACGUCAAUUGGUCAAAGCAAACGGCGAAGUGCAAGUUUGGAGAUCGAAGUAUGAAACCGAAGCUAACGCUCGUGCCGAAGAGGUAGAGGAACUACGUCGUAAAUACGGAGCUCGCAUUCAGGAACAGGAAGAGCAGAUUGAAACUCUGCUCGUCAAGAUCAACAACCUCGAGAAGCAGAAAUCCCGCCUCCAAUCUGAAGUAGAAGUGCUGAUCAUCGACUUGGAAAAGGCCAAUGGAACUGCUCGCGAACUGCAGAAACGUGUGGAACACUUGGAGAAGAUCAAUAUCGAACUCAAGGCUCGCUUGGAUGAAAGCGUGGCAAUGUAUGAACAAAGCCAACGUGAUCUCCGCAACAAACAACAAGAACUCCAGCGCACCAACGCCGAACUCGACAAGACUCGCGAGCUGAAAGACCAACUGGCUCGUGAGAACAAGAAAUUGGGAGAUGACUUGACCGAUGCCAAGAACCAGCUGUCUGAUAUGAACCGCAGACUUCACGAACUGGAACUCGAACUCCGUCGAUUGGAGAACGAGCGUGAGGAACUCGCUGCCGCCUACAAAGAAGCCGAAGCAGGACGCAAGAUCGAAGAACAGCGCGCUCAAAGACUGUCUGCUGAGUUGACCCAACUUCGUCACGAUUACGAACGCCGCCUGACUGAGAAGGAUGAAGAAAUCGAAAUCAUCCGCAAACAGACCAGUAUCGAGAUCGAGCAGCUGAAUGCCCGCGUGGUUGAGGCGGAGACGAAGUUGAAGUCCGAGGUGCAGCGCGUGAAGAAGAAGAUGCAGAUCCAGAUCACCGAACUGGAACUGUCUCUGGACGUUGCCAACAAGAACAACAUCGACUUACAGAAGACCAUCAAGAAGCAAUCGCUCACUUUGACCGAACUCCAAGCCCACUACGACGAAGUUCAACGCCAACUACAGGUAACCCUAGACCAACUGGGUAUCAGUCAACGACGCCUGCAAUCGCUGACAGCUGAGCUAGAGGAAGUACGCGGCAAUUACGAAUCUGCCCUCCGUGCAAAGAGAACCGUCGAGCAGCAAUACGAGGAGUCGGUUAGUCGCAUCAACGAAUUGACUACCAUAAAUGUGAACAUCGCUUCAUCGAAAGCGAAACUCGAGCAGGAACUGGCUACCCUGGCCGGAGACUACGAAGAAGUGACGAAGGAGCUGAGAGUGAGCGACGAGCGAUACCAACGGGUACAGACCGAACUGAAGCACACCGUGGAGAUCCUGCACGAGGAACAAGAACGUAUCGUCAAGAUCGAGGCCAUCAAGAAGUCCCUUGAAAUUGAAGUGAAGAACCUGUCCGUGAGAUUGGAGGAAGUCGAGGCAAACGCUAUCGUCGGUGGCAAGCGUAUCAUCAGCAAACUCGAGGCUAGGAUCCGCGACUUAGAGCUGGAACUUGACGAAGAGAAGCGCCGACAUGCCGAGACUGUGAAGAUUCUCCGCAAGAAGGAACGCAACAUCAAGGAGGUGAUGAUUCAGGUAGAGGAGGACGCGAAGAACAUUGCGUUGUUACAAGAAUCGUUGGACAAGGCGAGCCAGAAAGUGAACAUCUACAAGAGGCAACUGCAAGAACAGGAAGGCAUGUCCCAGCAAAGCGUGACCAGGGUCCGCCGAUUCCAAAGGGAAUUGGAGGCUGCUGAAGAUCGUGCUGAUACCGCUGAGAGCAACUUGACUCUGAUCCGCGCAAAACACCGCAGCUUCGUCACCACCUCCAGCGUGCCCGGUUCUCAGGUGUACCUCGUCCAGGAGACGAGGUCUGACCUGUAAAAACUCCAUCGCCAUCGACACCCCAUCCUUUGCCACUUCGAACGCCACCUCGUCGUCUUUAGAAACGUGUCACGAGCAAACGACGAAGAAAAGGAAGAGCCUCGAUACGUCAUCGUUAGUUGAAAGAGCCGAGAAGAGUUUCCAACGGGCCGUACCGCGAACAUCGCAAGGAAGAAGCAACGAAGAAAAGAAACAGUAUCGAAAUAUCGUGUCAUCUUAUUUAAUUGUAUUAUGACAACGCCCAACGACCCGUCGCAAAUUCAAAAUACUUGGCCAACGAAACGCAGUACCCGUCGUAACGAACCAAAUAAAUGCAAAAACCGAAAAGGGAUAAGCAUUAAUGAACAAGCAACGUGAAAGAAGCAACCAUCUUAAAACGCAUAACACCGUCGCUGUUCGAUUAAAUGGAUUAAUCAACCCAAAAAAUGAAAAUAUAUACACAUACAUACAUAUUAUACAAUAUUAUACACGCAAAAAAAUCAACAACGAUUCGUUAUAUCUUCCUUGUAUCCGUUAUGUCAGCAUCACGAAGCGUAAGGAGUGGAAAUAUUAUAAAUAUAUAAAUAAAUAAAUAAGGAAAAAAGUAAAAGAAAUUAAAUGAAAAACGCGAGACGUAGAUUUAACUUUUUCUUUUUCUCUCUCUCCUUACGCCUCUUUGAUCGCGCGUGUCGCACUUGUAUUUAAAUGGAUUAACUUUAAUUCUACUUCUACUAUUAUAUUAUAGAUAGGUAUUAUUGCCCAUACACACAACUCUCACUGUACGACAUACACGAUAACCUGUGUCAAACAAUAAUUUAAUAAAUAAACUGAAACACGUA